CGAAGAAAAAAAUGAAACCUAAAAACCUAACAGAAGACUCAGCGAGCGAGAAUUCAAAAUAUCUGUGUGAUCAGUGUGACUUUACUACCAGGCUACCAACAUAUCUGAAGCUUCAUAUGCAGAAAAUUCAUGAAAAUGUUCGGUAUCCCUGCCAUCUCUGUGAUUAUAAGGCGACACGAAACUUUUAUUUGAAAACCCACAUAAACUCUAUGCAUAAUGGAAUACUUUUUGAAUGUGACCAGUGUGAAUAUAAAGGAAACUCGUUGCAUGUUCUAAAAGCCCACAAAAAACGAAUGCAUGAUGUGAAACUUUUUCAAUGUGAUGCUUGUGAAUUUGGAUGUUCUGUUUUAAUUGAACUAAAACGUCACAAAGAAAGUAGGCACGAAGGUGUAACUUUUCCCUGUACACAGUGUGAUUAUGUAGGUGCCUGGCGUCAAUGUUUGAAUAAGCAUAUUAAAAAGUUUCAUGAAAAUCUUGUUUAUCCCUGUAAACAUUGUGAUUACACUAGCACCUGUAUAUCUACAUUUAAAAUUCAUGUUGAAACUAAGCAUCUCGGUAUAAGAUAUCACUGUGGUAUCUGUGAAUCCAAUUUUGCAAGCAAGAGUGCAAGAGCAUCCCACAGAAUGAAGAAGCAUAGUGCAAAGAGAUAAUUUAUAUUUCAAAAGCAUUGAUUUUGAAAAAAAAAAUUUGUUUUUCUUUACGCUAAGACAAUAAUCAAUUGAAGUAAGUCACAGCAGAAAGUGUUUAAUAUCUGAUAGUUUUUUGAUCAUUUGUUUUUUGGGUAUUAAGCAAUUAUCUAGUAAUACAACAGUUUUUGUUUUUUAUUUAUAGAUAAUUUUAAUGGUUGAAAAUAUAGUUGUAAUUCAUGAAAAGAUAAAAUAAAGCUGGAGAUAUCAUUUUAAGCAUUAUCCAAAUGUUAAAUACUAAAGUUGCUUUGAAUUACUUAAAAUAUUUC